AUGGAGCAUAGAAUUUAACUAAAUGGUGGAAGCACUGAUUAUAGAAAUGCAUUUCAAAAGUCCUAUACUAUUAUUAUACCAGACUAUUACGAUGCAUUUGAAAGAACCGAAACUUUGUUUUAUACUAAUGGUGGAUCUCUAUUUCCAACUGAAUAGGUUAAAUACUUUACAAAUUUAAAAGAAUAUCAGAAAAACAGAAUUUUUCUUCAUUGCUACAGUGAAGAAAGAUAUCAUACUGUUUUAGAGAUGAUUGUAAAUGAAUUUAAUUCAAAUUAAAUUACAUCUGAGUUAAAGAAGAAUUUUAAAGUAGCUGAUUUGAAGUAAGCUUGGACUGAAGUAAUUACCAACGAGUAUCAUAAGUUAAGAGGUUGA